GUACGUUAGAUUAUAGAUAGAGUGCCAAAACUUUUUUUUUUUUGUUUUACCCUUUUUGUGCACUGUGUUUGCUUACAGCACUAUCCGACAACCGUGUUUUAACCAUAUCUUUUGGGGAUUAAAAUACCACAAGCAGUUCACAAUUCUACUGGAGAAAAUUUUGCCAAUGUAACUAAUGUCCAAACAAGGCCGCCAGCAAUCAAAAUCAACAAAAUGAAGAUGUGCUAGUCUAUAGUUCCUUGCACGAUAGGUCUAGCAAAUACAAUCAAAACCGCGCGCAGCGCAUAUAAAAAGUGAACACAAAAUUGAACUCCAACAAACCUAGGAAAUUGGCUAUGGAAGACUCGACAGUCCUUUACUCAGCUAUUUCAGCCUUUCUUUUAUUUCUUUCUUUCAAAUUCUUCUUCAAGUCAAGAGCAAGCCACAUAAAUCUCCCCCCAAGCCCACGUUCUAUUCCCAUUCUUGGCCACCUUCAUCUAAUAAAACCGCCUAUUCAUCGUGCCUUCCUCAACCUUUCUAAGAAAUACGGUCCUAUAGUUUCCCUAAAAUUCGGCUGUCAACUUGUGGUUAUGGUUUCAUCACCAUCAGCUGUUGAAGAAUGCUUCACCAAGAAUGAUAUUGUUCUCGCUAACCGUCCACAGUUGUUGAUGGGCAAGCACUUGGGCUACAACUACACAAACAUGGUAAACUCAUCCUAUGGUGACCAUUGGCGCAAUCUUCGUCGCAUCAGCGCCAUCGAAAUCUUUUCGUCAGCCCGCCUGAACAUGUUCGUGGAUGUUAGAAAAGAUGAAAUUAUGCGGUUAUUGAAAAAGCUAUCACGGAAUUCGUUUCAGGACUUUGCAAAAGUAGAGGUUAAGUUAACAAUUUCAGAUUUGACGUUUAACAAUAUCAUAAGAAUGGUAGCAGGGAAGCGAUAUUAUGGGGAGGAUGUGGGUGACGAAAGAGAAGCAAGGCAGUUUAGGGAGCUUAUUGGAGAGGUUUUUGAGCAUAGUGGAGCAACCAAUCCAGGAGAUUUUGUGCCCAUAUUGAAUUGGAUUAAUCGGAAUUACGAAAGGAAAGUGAAAAGGCUUGGUGAAACGAUGGAUAGGCGCUUGCAAAAAAUGAUUGAUGAAAUUAGAAGUAAGCAACAAGGAAACACUAUGAUUCAUCGUCUACUUUCUUUGCAGCAAUCACAACCUCAAUAUUAUACUGAUCAGAUAAUCAAAGGGCUUAUACUGGUUUUGGUGCUUGCAGGAACAGACACAACCGCAGCCACAUUAGAAUGGGCAUUGUCUGCUUUGCUUAACAACCCUGAUGUGUUAAAAAAAGCAAGAGAUGAAUUGGACGCUGAAGUUGGUCAAGAAAACUUGAUUGAUGAACCACACCUCACUAAAUUACCUUACCUUCAAAAUAUCAUAUCCGAGACAUUUCGAUUGUAUCCAGUUGCUCCACUUUUAGUUCCACAUCUGGCAUCUAAUGACUGCACCAUUGGUGAACACAAUGUGCCACGAAAUACAAUGGUACUAAUCAAUGCAUGGGCCAUUCAGAGAGAUCCAAACUUGUGGGAUGAUCCACUUGUUUUUAAACCUGAAAGGUUUGAGAAUGGAGAGACAGAAAGCUACAAGUUCAUGCCCUUUGGGUUGGGCAGGAGAGCGUGUCCUGGGGAAAGUCUUGCCCUUCGUGUGGUGGGCUUGACCUUGGGUUCAUUGAUUCAGUGCUUUGACUGGAAGAGAGUCGGCAAAGAGGAAAUUGACAUGACUGAAAAAAAUGGGGCAACCAUGCCGAAAGCGCAACCAUUAGUGGCCAUGUGCAAAGCCCGCCCGAUCAUAAGCAAGGUUAUACCCGAGGCAAUUAAAAAUGUGUAAGUUUUUUCUUCUUCAAUCUUCAUGGUUUAAUGACAAUUCGCCGUUGGUUUAAUUUGGGGACAGUUCGUUUCAAUAUUUCCUAUAUGAACUAUAUUUUCUACCCAUAAGAUAAUUAUUCUAAAAUUAUACUUAUUCUUACGCUAAAGAAGAGUACCAUGUUACAGUUAACAGUGCAUAUGGCUCACAAAUGCACUUUUAUCAGAACAAUGCAUUGCCCGUUUCGCCCUAUCCGUAAUUCCAGUAAAAAAACUUAAUCUGCCCCCAAAAUUUAUUUUGCCUGUGUUCUUAUCGGCUAGGCUUAAGUUUUUUUUUUUCCAUUUUAUUGUCUUUGGCGUUGGAGGCGACAAUAUUCUAUGGUUUAGAAUUCUAGGCCUUUUUUUUUUUUUAGAUCAGAAUCGAUAGAAAAAAUUAAGGGGAGAGGACAAACAUAAUAAAAAUCAGGCGAUUUGACCAUUUGGAAGUAGCGAAAUGGGUCUUUUGGAUAGAGAAGCCGUGGAAUAAAGUUGCAUAUAUAGUUUUUGGGUUGUUUUUGAGAAAAAAAAAAAAAAAGCAAGUGUAGAAACGGAAAGAGGAAGCAAAGAAGUUUCGAAAAAGGGGAUUUUGUCACAGAACAUAUAAGAAGAAGAAGAAGAAAGGAGUAAGCAGACCAGAGGAGAAAUAAGAGGAUAGCAGAAACAAAUUUGAUAUAUUUCAUUGAUAGUCUGAUUUCAUUACAGUGCUGUGCUAUAAAGCUUAUGGAAAUUCCUGACUUCUGCUAAUCACAAGGGUCCAAUGAGUUGGUAGUUUAAAAGUUGAUACAUAUCAUAU